AUGUAAAGGAAGUCUUUUAAUCAUAAAAAAUAUAAGGUUUAACUAUAUAAAAUUCUUUUAUCAUUAAUUUAAAAAAAAGUAGAUAGCCCGCCGUGGGGCUCGAACCCACGACCACAAGAUUAAGAGUCUUGCGCUCUACCGACUGAGCUAGGCGGGCAAUUCAGUCAAUUUUCGGAUUAUAAAAAGCAUUUGCUUUGUGAGCAAGUCAAUAAAUCAUAUUUUAAUAAAAGUCUCUAUUUUAUUCCCUAAAUAGCCCGCCGUGGGGCUCGAACCCACGACCACAAGAUUAAGAGUCUUGCGCUCUACCGACUGAGCUAGGCGGGCAACUCAAUUAAUUUUCGGAUUACAAGAAGCAUUUACUUAGUUGGCAUGAGUCAAGAGAGUAGUUUAAAUUAUGAAAACUCUACGAAUUCUAAAAAUAAAUGA